AUGGCCCGUCCGUUGGUUCCUGGAGUUUACGUUCCAACAGUUUGCUUCUUCGAUCCAGCCACAGAAGAACUCGACACGGAAACGAUUUCCAGUCAUGCGAUUCGUCUUGCAGAAGCAGGAGUUGCCGGUCUAGCCACUCAGGGUUCCAACGGUGAAGCUGUUAAUCUUACUCACUCGGAGCGUCAGACGGUUACGGCAACAACUCGUGCCGCGCUCAACUCGGCCGGGUUCGCACAUCUUCCUAUCAUUGUCGGCUGUGGCGCUCAAUCUGUCCGAGAAACGGUCCAAUAUUGCCGAGAGGCAUUUGCGGCUGGAGGAGAUUAUGCACUUGUUUUACCACCUUCGUAUUAUGCACCUCUGUUUUUACCUUCCUCUGCUUCCGUUAUCAAAUUUUUUACUGCAGUAGCGGAUCAAUCUCCAAUUCCAUUAUUAAUUUACAACUAUCCAGGAGCUGUUUCCGGUAUGGAUCUUUCAUCAGACGUCAUCAUCCAAUUAUCAGCCCAUCCCAACAUUGUGGGGGUAAAGCUCACUUGUGGCAACACUGGCAAAUUGAAUCGAAUUGUGGCAGCCACAAAGACAUGCAAGCCACACUCCCCCGCAUCCCCACCAUUCUUGGUUCUAGGAGGCAGUGCCGAUUUCACUUUACAAAGUCUUAUUGGCGGUGGUCAUGGGAUCCUCGCCGGGUUAGCAAAUAUUGCUCCGAAAGCGUGCAUCGAGAUGAUUAGACUAUACCACGAAGGGAAAAUUGAGGAGGCCCAGAAACUCCAGGAAGUCGUUGCUCAAGGUGAUUGGGCGGCUAUUCAAGGAGGUAUCGUGAGCACCAAGGCUGGUAUGCAGAGUUGGUUGGGCUAUGGAGGAUAUGGUCGUGCACCAUUGCCGCAUCCCACUAGUGAUGAGAUGGCAAAAUGGAAAGAAGGUUUUCGAGAGUUGGUUACGGUGGAGAAAAACCUUUAG